AUGAGCUUUAGUGACGGAUGCGAGGCCGAUGCAAAUUGGAGAGGGGAUGGUGAAGGGAAAGUAUCGUCGGAAGCUCGAAUCAGGGUUGUGACUGUGGAUGUGGGCGGCGACUGCCGAGCAAGGGCCGCAACGCUGCGUCAGGGCCAAGUGGACGGACGGGCCGACCGAGAAGCAGCGACGCUGCAGCUCAGGGGAGUGCCGAAAAUGCAGCAGAACAGCAGCCACAAAACGAGACAGGCACAGGCAGCCAGACACACACACACGCACUCACAAACGCAGCGUGUCCUCCUCGUGUGGAGAAAAAUAGAGAGACCCUCGCUGUUGGCCUACAAGUGGCUUCAACGACGGUAUCGGAUGGGGGUUGCAGCCAUAGAAGUGAACGUCAAGGCCAUAGUUCGGGGGAAAAGCUGUUAG